AUGGCUGAAACUCUUCUAGAAUUAAGUAGAAAAGUCUUUUAUGUGCUGGGGCUAUUUGGUGUUCUGUUACUGAUUCAGAAAGGUAAUGCUUAUGAAUUCAAGGUAGGAGGUCCAAAAGGCGAUUGGGCAGUUCCUAGUGAUCCUAAUGCAACCAGCUUCAAUAAGUGGGCAGAGACGAACAGGUUUCAGAUUGGGGAUACCCUAUUGUUUGUUUAUCCGGCUGACAAAGACUCUGUGCUACACGUAACAAAGGAUGAUUACACAAAUUGCAACACGGAUGCACCCCUCGAAAAAUUCUCUGAUGGUCACACCGUUUUCAAGUUUAAUCAAUCAGGGCCCUAUUACUUCAUAAGCGGAGUAGCAGAUAACUGCCAGAAAAAUGAAAAACUGUUAGUGGUUGUGAUGGCAGAUAGAAGCAACCAUUAUUCAAAUUCUCACCAAACAACGUCCCCUCCUCCUCCCUUAGCAGAGGUGCCCCCUUCUCCAACACCUGCCGGUGAAGAGUUCCCUUCUCCACCACCCAUGGAGGAAAACCCUGCUUUGGCUCCUUCUCAGGAAUCUCCACCUCCUCCCCCAAAUGGUGCUUCUGCAAUUUGCUCAACUCAUGUUAUUGGCUUCAUUGGAGCUUUUGUCAGUUCAUCCCUUCUAGUUUAUUGA